AUGGCCACCCCUCUCUACGACGCCAGCGUUCCCGUCUUCAAAAAUGGACUCAACGUGCUCAAAAACAUCCUCACCAAAGCCAUUGAGCACUAUGGCGCAAAAACAACCGAGGAAAUCAUCAAGGCAACCCUGAUCGAAGACAUGCUUCCACUCCCAGCCCAUGUGCAAGUCGCAUCCAACAUCGCCAAGGCAUCCAUGGUCCGUGUGACAGGCAUUUCGUCUAUCGAGUCAUGGCCGGACAAUGAGGAUACCGUCGAGAAACUGAUUGAGCGCUGCGAGAAGACUAUUGCCCUACUAGACACCUUUACUCCGGAUCAACUUAACAGUGGAACCGAGAAUCGGGUGCGCAUCGAUUUUAGGGCUGGGGAGAUGAAGGGGAAUAGCUUGGAUGCGAAUGCUCAGGAGUAUUUGUAUUCGUAUGGGCUUCCGUUCUUCUUUUUUCAUCUACAGGUUGUUUACUCGAUACUGCGUAUGAAGGGUGUGCCGCUGGGAUCGGCAGAUUUCCUGAAGCCUUAUGUUGGGCGCCAUUUGGUUCCAACUGCCAGUUUGAGCUGA